GAAGAAACGAAUCUUGCUUUUCUUCGCAUACAGAGGACAAGUGAGAAAAGGGAAAAAGAGCAAAAGGAGAAAAUGGCCAACUUUAUAUUACGGAAAGCUGAACCCAAAGAUGUCUCAGAUAUUCUUCGUCUCAUAAAGGAACUUGCGAAGUUUGAGAAAAUGGAAGAACAAGUCGUUCUGACUGAGAAAGAGCUGCUGGAGGACGGGUUUGGAGAACAUCCGUUCUACCACUGCAUCAUCGCUGAAGUGCCCAAGGACGAACAAAGUGCACAGGAUCACACUGUGAUCGGCUUCGCCAUGUACUACUUCACCUACGACCCCUGGAUCGGGAAGCUGCUCUACCUGGAGGACUUUUACGUCAUGGGGGAGUUCAGAGGUUACGGCAUCGGCUCUGAGAUCCUGAAGCAGCUCAGUGAGAUGGCAGUAAAGUGUCGCUGCAGCAGUUUGCAGUUCAUCGUUGCAGAGUGGAACAAAUCAUCCAUCGAGUUUUACAAACGUCGUGGCGCUAGUGAUCUCUCUCUGGAGGAGGGCUGGAGGCUGUUCGAGAUCGACAAGGAGAGCCUGAUCAAAAUGAUCAAGUAGACGAGACGAGAUCUAAACACAAAGCUGUGUGAUUAACUCUGAAUGGUGUCGCGUUCCUCACUUUUAUGUCUGAUGUUGUGGAUCUUCUGCUUCAGGAAAAUACACACACACACACAUCACAACUUCUUACAAUAAACUGAACAAAAUAUUUACAUACACUCACAAAA